AUGGCUCACAGUGCCUCUUCUUGCCAUUCUGCUCCAUUGACCGAAAGUCCUUUUGCAAAUCCAGGACAGACUUCGGAUGGGUGUGAACCAGUCUCUCAGUACACCCCAAAAACCACGUCACAAGACCCAGAAGGAAACGGAUCCCAUGUUGCUUCGCCUAGGUCUACUGAGAAGUUCUGGAGAAGAACGAGGAAGGACAACGUCCUAGAAGGAAGAACCACCAGAUGGGCUGGAAGACAUCAACUUUGCCAGGAGUACUACAAAGAAACCGAGGCACCCCGAGAACUUUGCAGUCGGUUACACCAUCUUUAUCGUCGAUGGCUGAAGCCAGAGAAACACACAAAAACUCAGAUGUUGGACUUGGUGGUCCUGGAGCAGUUCCUGGCCAUCCUGCCUUCAGAGAUGGAGAGGUGGGUGCGGGAGUGUGGAGCAGAGACCAGUUCCCAGGCGGUGGCCCUCGCAGAAGGCUUCCUCCUGAGCCAAGUAGAGGAAAAGAAGCUGGCAGAAAUGCAGGUUCAGGAUCCCUUCAUGGAAGUGGGUGCAAAAAAUCCCGGAGCACAAAGAGACGUGGCAUCUCCCUCUCAGGAACUGGCCAUUGGAGGGAUCUCCCAAGAGGAUCCAGCUCAGAUCACAUCCGAAGGGAACGGAGCAACCCUGAGGGUUAUUGAAAAAACGCCUCUGCUUUGUGGUGGAACCGAAAUUGCUGUGGUCAUUCCAACUCAGAAUCGUAUGUCAUUUGAAGAUAUAGCCGUAUUCUUUUCGGAAGAGGAGUGGGCCCUGCUGAAUCCUGACCAAAAAUUGCUGUACAGGGAGAUCAUGUUGGAAAAUACAAGGAACAUUACCUGCCUAGGUAAGAGUUCUUUUUCUACUUUUCUG